CUCGCCUCCAGUUCUUGUGCGAGUCGGAGCGAUUCGAAACGAACCGACGACGAUGCUUUGCUGUAUCCGAGUCCGACCGGCACGCCGCACGCACGGCACGUGGUGCCCCCGUCGGACGCUUUACCCUUAUUUCCACACGUCGCCACAAGCCUCCUGGACAAGAGCUUCGUGUCUCUCAGUCGCGGAGGGGAGGACGAGGUGGAAGAUGGUACAAGAAAGCCCGAGCCCGACGAUGUAGUAGAACGGCCCUUCCAGCGUCUCCUGCCAC